AACCUUUCAAUCGUUUCGGGUGAUGUUUUUGUGUUUAUUAUCCGACAUUUUUACUAUUAUAAUUAAAGAACAAGUCGGCCUUUCCGUGGAACUAUUUGGUUGAUCUUAUUUUCGCCAGGUGUAAUGAUUCGAAUUCGAAAUAGAACAACCUCUGUGCGUAUUAGAAGUGCUGUGGAGUUUGUGUCAUUAAAUUUUCUCUCGGAACAUUGCCCCAGUCCAAGGAAAAACGGAUGUGAAUAGAUUGAAUAGCUGCUUCAACAUUUCAUAAUAUAAAGGAUUUAUUGGUCAUCUAUUAUAUGGGCACAAUGGUGAAAGGUGGCAGGAUAACGAAUGUUUUGUUGGGGAUCCUAGUUGUACUGCUGCAAACAAUUAAUGAUGGAAUUGCGUCACGCAGUGAGGAUUGCACCGCCGUUGCAAAAGAUGAAGAAACCCUGUUGGUUUUUUCCACUUUAGGGGGAGGCCUAACGGCUAUCGACCCGCUGUCUGGAGAGAUACGCUGGUCGAUUGCUGACGAGCCAGCUAUACGAGUGCCUUCGUUGUCCGAGAUGAACCCACAUUAUUUGCCGGAUCCAAGAGAUGGCAGUUUGUAUACGUACCGUAACCCGGAUGGCGGUCUUAAAAAGCUACCCUACACCAUUCCCCAGUUGGUAGCCAGUGCACCAUGCCGUUCGAACGAUGGUAUCUUGUAUUCUGGCAAGAAGAGUGACGAUUGGUUCCUGAUUGAUCCAAAAACCGGACGCCGGGAAAAGGUGCUCGGUUUUGGUGCACCGCUGGAACGAGACAAGGCAGAAUCGAUAGGCUGGGCUACCUCCCGAGCGGUUUAUCUGGGCCGCACGCAAUAUACCGUCAUGAUGUACGAUAGUUUAGCUUCAGAGAGGAAUUCGAAACCCUGGAAUGUAACGUUCUUCGAUUAUACGUCGCACACUAUGGCACCGGAGCUCACCAAGGAGUACGAGUUCCUUCAUCUCACGAGCAGCUCGUCGGGGCUGACGGCCACCUUCGAGCAGAAGAAACGAACCCCGCUGUGGCAGACGGAUCUAUCCAGUCCGGUUGUGGCUGUGUUUUUGCUCGGUUCGGAAGGGCUGCUGAGUGUGCCUUUUCAAACGGUUUCCGACGAAGUGCUGCUGGAGAUCAACGAGCGCGCCCGGGAUGGCAACUUUGACGACCUGAAGCUAUUCCCGACCGUUUAUGUGGGGGAAGCAUCGAACAACGUGUACGCCAUUCCGUCGCUGGUGGACAAAAAUACCCCAACGUUACCGUCGGAACCGACGGUAAACCUGCUCGGUGGUCCGCGAACAAUUUGGAAGGACGAGGAGAAAAUACCGGGAAAGGAGUUGAUUCCAACGGAAACGGCACACGUUCAGAACGAUAAUAUCAUUAUUUUGGGACACUAUCAGCCACCGAAAACGGACGAUAGUCUCAAGCUGAAUAUUGCGCCUGGAAACCCUGGGACCUUUCUCAAAAAUGGACAACUAUCGACGGUUCUGUUAGAAUUCAACAGAUUAAAGGACAAGCAUCAAGUAGAGGAAGAUACUAAAACAAUUGGAAUACAAACGGAUGAUACACUGGGAUCAAAUGAAACGACAAUUUUCAGUGAUAUUAGCUUGAAAGCAUUGAUUGGGCGGUUGUACAAAGAUGUUGAGUUGUGGUUAGAUGCUCAACCAAAUAAGCUGCCAACGAUUUUGUUUGUAGCAUUGUUUGGAGUAGUUGUUUUUGGCUUCUGGUAUUUCCACAUGCAAAUGAAAGCUCUCCAAGAACAAAGCCAGAAUGGAUCGCAAACGAAUUCGAAUCGGAGCAAUGUGAGUAAUUAUGCGGAAAUGGUUGAUUUUGGGGAUGGCGAAGUUCGAGUGGGUAAGAUCCACUUUAAUACGCUGGAUGUGCUGGGAAAGGGUUGUGAAGGAACAUUUGUGUUUAGAGGAAAAUUUGAGAAGCGCGAAGUAGCGGUGAAACGUAUCUUACCCGGAUGCUUUACGCUGGCAGACAGGGAAGUGGCAUUGCUAAGAGAAAGUGACGCUCACGAGAAUGUUGUUCGAUAUUUUUGUACCGAGCAGGAUCGCCAGUUUCGGUAUAUUGCCGUGGAAUUGUGCGCCGCGACUCUGCAGGAUUACGUAGACGAUAAAUUGGCGGAAACUUUACAAAAUCAAAUUGCAGUGUUGGAAGUUCUAGCACAAGCAACAAGUGGCUUAAUGCAUUUACAUUCCCUAAAUAUUGUCCAUCGGGACAUAAAACCGCAGAAUAUUCUCAUUUCGCUGCCAGAUAACAGAAAACAAGUCCGAGCCAUGAUAUCAGACUUUGGCCUCUGUAAGAAGUUAAAUUAUGGCAAAGCUAGCUUUUCGAGGCGCUCGGGCGUGACGGGCACGGACGGCUGGAUUGCUCCGGAAAUGCAGCGCGGCCAUCGAACUACUACGUCUGUCGACAUCUUUUCUUUGGGUUGUGUUUUCUACUAUGUAAUCUCUAAAGGAUAUCACCCUUUCGGCGAUAAUCUGAAACGUCAAGCAAACAUUCUUUCCAACGAGUACCAGUUGUUUGCCGUGCAUGCUGAAGGCGAACCUUGCAACAUGUCGGUGCUAGCCGAGGAACUUAUUGCCGAUAUGAUAUCGGCUGAUCAGACAAAGAGGCCCCCGGCAACAUCCGUGCGAAAUCAUCCUCUGUUUUGGAGUAACGAACGGAUUCUCUCCUUCCUGCAGGAUGUUAGCGACCGUGUGGAAAAAUCAGAUGUCUUAGCAGAUCCACUGCGAACGCUAGAGCGAAAUGCUCGUUUUAUAGUUCGCGAGGAUUGGAGCUUACAUCUGGAUCAGGAAAUUACCAGUGACCUGCGGAAAUACCGAGGCUACCAAGGUUACAGCGUUCGGGAUCUUUUGCGGGCUGUUCGUAACAAAAAACAUCACUAUCACGAGCUGACUCCCGAAGCGCAGCAAGCUCUGGGCACCAUCCCACAGGCUUUCACCGAUUACUGGAUCAGCCGGUUUCCGCGACUGCUGUCGCACGCAUAUCACGCCUUAGCCGAGAACUCGCAAGAGCCUAUAUUUAGACCGUACUACAAUGACAAUGAAGUCAGCUAUCACUUCACGAAACCGGCCUAUUUCGACGAGGCGGGUAAUGAAAACUACGAUCUCAUUCGGUACUACGAAGCGGCACAGAAGCUGAAAGCAUCUCAAAGUCCCAAGCGAAAGCCCGUAACGGCAGCAGACGUGACGGCGACAACCUCAGACUCCCCUCAGAAGAAUCAACGCCGGGGCGCGUACAAUUUUAGCAAAUAUUCGACGAGUACGGGGUUCAUUACGAGGGAGCAGAUGAUGGGCGGUAGUGCCAACGCUGCAGCGAAUGCCGCUCUUGGUGCAGAACCUCCCAGCUAUGCGAAUGUUGUUGCUGAAAAUACGGACGGCGAUGAAUUUGUAACGGUUGUAAAUACUAAUAACAAUCGCCGGAAAGGUAACAAUAACGUACGACGUAGGGAAAGUCCAAAAGUAACUUGGAAUUUGCACCCGCAAGCAGAUUAAAAAGGAUAGUCAUUAAAGGGUUGAAUAACGUCUAGUUUAGUCAUACAGAGACAUCGUAACUAAUAUUAUUUUGUAACAUUGAGCUAUAAUCUGACGCCAGGAAACAUUUGUGUGACUUACAUCAUUUCCAUAACGCAUAAAUCAAUAUUCAAAAAAUCUUACUGUUUACAAAAGCCAUGAUACUACUAAAUUGGCGCUUCGGAUGGAUCAGAUGACACCCGGCAGUAACUGACCGACCAGCAGGUGACCAGAGAUCUCUGUGCGAUUCCAAAUCGAGGUAGUACGAAUUUUCUUCAUGGAAAAAAUUAAGCGGAAAUGCACUUGCGUUUUUAACAGUCUGUGAUAAUUUUGCUAAACUAUUUCAAUCCCUAGAUAAUGUAGUUUAUAACAAAUAGAAAUUAGCAUAAUGAAAAGAUAAAUCAAUCUGAACGAGCGAUUAUCUGCACUAACUUAGAUUUAUACGUUAUUUGGUAAUAAUUUACAUUUGUAUAAACGGAACAAAAAAAAAGUUGU